GAGUUCGAGAAAGAUUUGGUAAAAACAAGGCUGAAAUGUGAAAUCAAACAGCGCUUGUAAUGCAGCAUUCACAGAGGCAAGACGUAUUAUGAAUCGCCUUCCAAAGAUAACCUUGAUUAGUAGUCUGACGGGCACAAUACUUUCAGUAGGUAGUGUAGUGUAGUCUGUAGUGUAAUUUCUAAAACAAGAAUGGACAGAAUUUUACGUGGUGUAAUGCGGUAUCGGCAGACAGACCGAAAAACUAUGGUAGAACAGUUUAUUCAAGUGAAAAACAAUCCUGUGCCAAAAGCAGUUUUCUUCACAUGCAUGGAUAGCAGAAUGAUUCCGACCAGAUUCACAGAAACAAAUGUUGGAGACAUGUUUGUAGUUCGAAACGCUGGCAAUUUAAUUCCACACUGUCAGCAUUUUUUAGACGAAUAUACGACUAACGAGCCGGCCGCGUUAGAGCUGGGAUGUGUGGUCAACGAUAUACGACACAUUAUCGUAUGCGGUCACUCGGAUUGUAAGGCGAUGAAUCUGCUUCACAAACUGCGUGACGAAAAGUUCGCCAGCAAAGACAACCGUCGCAUUUCACCGUUGCGCGCGUGGCUUUGUACGCAUGCGCAGUCGUCGCUCACCAAAUUCCAACAGCUAGAGCUGGCUGGCUAUCACACGCCACUCAUCUUCCAGUCGGAGACACCCAUGCGCAAGUUUGUCGCCUACAUAGAUCCCGAGAACCGCUUCUCCAUUGAGGACAAGUUGUCUCAGGUGAACUGCCUGCAGCAGCUUCAAAACAUCGCCAGCUACGGCUUUCUGAAGAAACGACUGGAGACGCAUCAGCUGCACAUUCACGCGCUCUGGUUCGACAUCUACAGCGGAGACAUCUUCUACUUUAGUCGUCAAAGCAAGAGAUUCAUCGAGAUCAACGAAGACACUGUUGAUAAACUCACCAAAGAAGUUAACCGAUAUUACUCGUAAACCACUGUAAAUUUAUUAAUUUAUCUUCACAGAGAAAAAACCAAAGUACCCUUUAUUUUAUUACUCACAGUUAUAAAAUUAUCAUUUAAGUUUUAAAAAAGGUACUUUGAUUUUUUUUUAAUUUUCUCAUAAAUUCGAGCGGCCCUCGCCUUAACGCCCUACUUAUGUUCACAGAUCCGCCCAAGUCAUAGAUCUACCUUGCUGUAAAUAGUGUACAAUGCUUUUAAUUUAUUUUGGAUUGUAAAAGUUUUUUAUCGAAUAAAAGUAAAGUUGAUGUUGCACUGG